CUGUCCUUCAUCUGUCCCAUCAUCUACUGUCCUUCAUCUGUCCCAUCAUCUACUGUCCUUCAUCUGUCCCAUCAUCUACUGUCCUUCAUCUACUGUCCUUCAUCUACUGUCCCUUCAUCUGUCCUAUCAUCUACUGUCCUUCAUCUACUGUUCUUCAUCUGUUCUUCAUCUGUCCCUCAUCUGUCCUUCAUCUGUCCUUCAUCUGUCCUUCAUUUACUGGUCCUGUUAGUUUCAUGUGUAACUGGAGUUAUGAAUAAGGAAUCGUCAGAAUAAGAUUUGUUUACUUCCUCUUUAAAAAGAAUAAAAGUCACUGUUACUAAAACAAGAAUCUAUUAAAAAUAAAAAUGAUGAAACCAUUGGCGGCAACAACCAAUCUGAGCAUAGGAGAGGAGUCCAACAGCUGUCCAUCACUGUUUCCAUGGUUACCAUGUUGGGAGAUGAACUGAUGAUGUCACAGGUUCUCCAUUGGUCUUUUUUACAGGAGGAGGUUUUCUUUGGUGUUUCAGUCCUGACUGAUCUUCUCUAUAAAGUUUUAUAUUCACACUGCUAUGCAAAUGUGUGUGUGUGUGUCUGUGUGUGUGUSUGUGUGUGUGUGUUUCUGCAGGAUAAGAUCUCUGCUUUGUUUAGAGACCGUUUCCUCCUGCAGCAUCAUUUCCAUAAACAAAUCCUGACGUGGAACAAACUGUCCUUCUUGUCCUCAGGUGGACGAUGGACGUCACGUGUUUCUGAACAAACAGAGCUGACCCUGAAGAACCUGAAGAGUUUCUGACCGCUGCACCACCCACGUCCCUGAAGGUUUAUAAAGGCUCGGCUCGGGAUCAGGACCAUGCAGACCGUAAAGUGUGUGGUUGUUGGCGACGGCGCCGUGGGGAAGACCUGCCUCCUCAUCUCCUACACCACCGGAGCGUUCCCCAAAGAGUACAUCCCCACCGUGUUUGACAACUACAGCAGCCAGGUGACGGUGGACGGUAGGGUCAUCAGUCUGAACCUGUGGGACACGGCAGGACAGGAGGAGUACGACCGUCUGAGGACGCUGUCCUACCCACAGACCAACGUCUUUGUCAUCUGCUUCUCCAUCUCAAGCCCCGCCUCCUACGAGAACGUCAAACACAAGUGGCACCCAGAGGUGACCCACCACUGUCCCAGUGUUCCCAUCCUCCUGAUCGGCACAAAGAGCGACCUGCGGAACGACGGCGAGGUCCAGAGGAAGCUGAAGGAUCAGAACCAGGCUCCCAUCAGCCAGCAGCAGGGUCUCAGCCUGGCCCGGCAGAUCCAGGCGGUCCGCUACAUGGAGUGCUCCGCCCUCAACCAGGACGGCAUCAAGGAGGUGUUCGCCGAGGCCGUGAGGGCCUACCUGAACCCACAGCCCGCCGUCACCAAGAAGCCCUGCGUCCUGCUCUAAGACCGGACCGGACCGGACCGGACCGAGCCCCUCUGUCGGAGAGACUGCUCAAAAAUCAAAAUAUUUAAGAUUUUUAAACGUGUUUUUAUUUCUGAUUAGGAAUGACUUUUGAAGCUGGAAAAUGACCCUCUGUGUGAUUCUGUCCUGACCUUUGACCCCACAGCAGAACCUUAUCAGAACCGGACCGGUCUCAGAACGAGCCUGGCUGGUUCCGGCUGGAUGAACCUGCAGGUUUAACUCAGGUAACAUCAGAACCUACCUGAGGAGCUCCAUGAACCCGGUCCAACAGAACCUCCUGCCGGUACGAAACAGAGGCCAGCG